AUGGCCGAGAAUUUCGCUCUCGCAAACCGCGUCCGCCAUCUUAUCGUACAACCCUCCGACGCCGCGCUCGAUCCGCCGGAGAGUUAUCUAUUUGUGCAGGAUGGGCUGAUUAUCUCGUGCGGUGUGAUUUAUGCGCUGUGCUAUUUGUUUUGUAUGAUUCGGGCAUAUAGCGAUAGGACGCUGCCGGGGAAGGAUUGGGGGAGUAUCCAGUUUCUCGCCGGAUGCAUGGCCUACGAGUUCUUUUACGCCUUCACAACAACAACAACGCAGAACGAGAAGAUCUGCUUCCUAGCAUGGUUUGAACUGGAUAUCGCAUUUACGUCGCUCGUCGUGCGCCGUAUAUACGGCCCCGAACAACGAAAGAAAAUCGUCCGGAACAUGAUCCUCAUGUUCACUGCCUGUGUCGCGGGACUGUACGGAUUAACGAAAUACUACCCUGACGAGCGCGAACAGGUCACCGCAUACUGGACGGGUCUUGCACUGCAGCUCCCGAUUGGGUAUGCUUGUUUGUAUUUUUUGUGGAGGGAUCAGGAUACCGCGGGACAUUCUUUGGAGAUUUGGUUGACAAAGUACAUUGGUUGUUACACGGCGUAUGGCGUGUUCUUCUGGCGGUACUGGAAUGUUCCGCAGAACUGGGAAUAUGUGGGGUCGCCGUUGAGCGUGGGGAUUAUCAUUCUUACGUUGAUUCCCGAGACGAUUUAUCCGUUUGUCUAUAUUAAGAUCCAUAAUGAGAAGGAGAAAAAGGAGAAGGUGCAGUAG